GCGCCGGGCGCUGCCGCCCCUCCUCCUGGCGCCGUCCGUCCGUCCAUUAGCGCGGGGUUGGCGAGAUGAGCGCGCGCUCCCUCUCCAAGGGCUGCUUUGUUUUUAAACCAAACCCCAAGAGGAGAAAAUUGUCUCGAACAACAGCUGACUAUUUCAGAGAAGGAAGCAGUGAUUUGGAGGACAGUGAGCUACGGUUUGCUACUUGCCAGUCAUUACAGAAACAGGUCAAAUCAGAAACAGAGCAAAUAGAGGAAGAAUUGAAUGAACAGUUAUUUGAUAACCUAGUGAGUUUUUUGAGGCGGUCUCAUUUUGCAUUCCAAGAGAAGACAACAGAAUGGACGUGGCGAAUGAAGUCCAGAGAAAUCCCUACUGCAGCUCUUGUCUUAGGUGUGAAUGUUACAGAUCACGACUUCACCUUUAGAAGUCUCUCAGAAUUCCUUCAGAAUAAUGUUACUCCUUACAUAGCGUUGCUGGAAGCCAAAGAUUGCCCAGGCAUUAAAAAUCUGAUGCAGAAGCUGUUGGGACAGCUGAUGAACUGCUGUAUAGAUGUGGACUCAUCAGAAGAGGAGGACUAUGAGCAGGUUUCCCGUAAUAGAGUUCGUUGUUCGAUGACUUCUCUUAUCAGCUGGUAUGAGAGUGCAACAAAGAAAACAGAUUCUGAGACUCCAGGCAAAAAAAGAACAUCUUCCAGACACUGGCAGUCUCCUCCAGUUGUUGUUAUCUUCAAAGACAUGGAAAGUUUCACCACAAAAGUACUUCAGGACUUUGUGCUUAUCAGCAGUCAGCAUAUUGGUGAAUUUCCUCUUGUACUGAUUUUUGGAAUUGCUACAUCUCCAAUGAUUAUCCACAGCUUACUUCCUCACUCUGUUUCCUCUCUGCUGUGCAUAGAGCUUUUUCAGUCCCUUUCCUGUAAGGACCACCUGUCUACUAUAAUUGACAAGGUACUUUUAACAACCCAGUUUCCACUUAAACUGAGUGAGAAAGUUCUGCAGGUUCUCAUCAACAUAUUCCUCUACCAUGAUUUUUCUGUCCAGAAUUUUAUCAAAGGAUUUCAGCUCUGCAUUGUGGAGCACUUCCAUUCCAAUCCUCUUAGUAUACUGUGUUGCCAGCUGGAAGAAGCAAAGAGGAGAGUAAAUUCUUUAUCACAUAAUCAGUGUGAAAACGUUCGAAGACUGCCCUCUUUUAGAAGGUAUGUGGAAAGUCAAGUCUCAGAGGAACAGAUCGCACUGCUGACAGCAGACAGUUCCUUAAAGGAAGCAGUGCGGAAGCUGCUAGAGGACUUGAAUGUUUACCAUGAAAAUUAUUUUCCCAUUCUGAGAUGUCUUCAUGUUUUCACAUCUUCUCUUCCAAAGUAUCCCUUGGGCAAGCAGAUCAGGGAACUGCACUGUGCAUGUUUGGAAAACCGAGUGUGGGAGACGGAAGAGUAUGAGUCAUCACUUCAGUUAGCAAGGAUGUUGAACAAGUCUGAUUUGCUAACCAUGCUUCAAAAGUGUGUGGAAAUUCUUGUGUCAUCUCCUGGAAGGGAGUUUGAUGAGAUAGUAGAGAAGCUGAAAGAGUUCUUGACCCAGUUUCAGAAACUAGAAGCAGAAGCUUACCAAGAACGAGAUGAGUCCGUAUCGCCCCAAAAAGAGCUCCAGAAGAAGACAAAUCUUUAUAAUCUCCAGAAGACUUUGUUGGAGUUGAAGGAAUCAAGGCGGUCUAAGAAACUGACCAAGUUUGAAACGCUUCGUUUUGAAGUUGUUGACUAUAUAGACAGUCUUGUAAGACGUUACCUUGUUCCAGCAGACCACAAGACUCUGCAUGAGAUCGUGUAUUUCAACACAGCCAGUGUUCUCCGCGAGCACCUGAAUGCUGCCCCGAGGAUUGCACUGCACACAGCUUUGAAUAACCCGUACUCCUACCUGAAGAGUGAAGCACUGAAGAGUGAUGGAGGAAGCAUUUCUAACAAAGCUCCUGACAUAUGCAUUGCCUACAAGCUUCAUUUGGAGUGUGGCAGAUUGAUUAACCUCGUGGAUUGGUUAGAGGCUUUCUCGACUGUGGUGACAGCAGCUGAGGGACCAACUGCAGCUGCAGCUUCCUCAGACCAGGUGGAUGAUGUUAUACACGCUCGUUUUAUUCGAGCUGUUUCUGAACUGGAACUCCUGGGCUUCAUAAAGCCCAGCAAGCAGAAGACGGAUCAUGUGGCACGGCUGACCUGGGGAGGCUGUUAAUGUGCCACCACAACCUUAAUAAAGCUGUUCUUUGUAA